AUAACAAAUGUCAUUCAGCCAGGUCCUUUGAGAAGAUCAAAGUUUUCACGAAACAGUUUCGCGAUUGCACUCCAGUGAAAUCAUAUUCUAAGAUCGCGGUGCAUUAAGCGACUGCUUCAGAAUGGCAUCGUUGGUGAACAGUGUUCGCGGUUUGACUUGCCGAAAUGCGCCUCUGCUCCGUUGCAUGGUUUUGCGUUCGGUAUCGUCGGCCACGGUAACCCGGAGGGACCAAUGUAAUCAGAAGUUUCUGACAGCCGCUGCCGGAGCCUCGAACUCUGCGCUGCUGUCCCCGUUUGAGCAAAACGGUCGAUGGCAACUAGAGAUAGUACGAAAGUACAGCGCCAAGGAACCGCUUACGCUUCAACUGAUCAAAGAGCGUGUCCUGCUCGUACUAAAGCUGUACGACAAAGUAAACCCAGAAAAGCUUUCUUUGGAAUCGCACUUUAUCAACGAUCUUGGACUGGAUUCGCUGGACCACGUUGAGGUGAUAAUGGCGAUGGAGGAUGAAUUCGGCUUCGAAAUUCCCGAUGGAGACGCAGAAAAGCUAUUUAGACCUGCCGAUAUCGUUCAGUACAUCGCUGACAAGGAAGAUAUCUAUGAAUAAGUUUUUAAUGGGAGAGUGCCCAAAUGUAAAGAUUCUGAAUCGGGCGCUGACUGCAAAUGCUGUAGAACCUAGUUUGAUUAAUUAAAAGAUUGGAUGAUACAGAUACAACGCUAUCCUUGCUGCUGGAUGGUAAACAUGAAAAUGGACACACACAUGGAUCGACGUGGAAUGGUUUAACAAUAUUUGAAAAAUAUUUCAUAGCACGGCUACUCUAUGUUGUUGAACGGCAGAAUAGAACAACAGCCACGAUGAAAAUAAAUGUAUCUGCUAUUCGUCGCUCCUGUUAAAA